AGAUGAAAUAUUUGGUAAAUUUUUGAAUGAAUCUGAGAAAUUGAGAGAACUAACAAAUCAGAUUUUGACAGUUUUAAAUCAGGUUUGGUCUUCUUCUAAAUGGAAGACAUGUAAGGAAAGCCAAUUGUCUCUCAUAAAUGAGGGGUCAUAUGUGUCAAAAGUUUUAUCACCAUUAAUAAAUAUUAUAAUAAGUGAUUUAUCUGUAGAUUCUGAUAUAUGGGAAAUAUG